AUGAUGGUUAUCCGUCAACACUGUAAAUUAGAACCACUACCUCAGUUUUGUAACAUUUCUCGGUUACAUGCUAAGAUCUUUGCUGCGGAUUUGGAAAUGUUGCCUGACCUUCUUGAGAGCUGUCCGAAUCUCAAAUCCAUUAUCUUGGUGCUGAUGGGCUUUCUUCUUGGUCUUGAACGGAAUGGUUCGAUUAAGAAGGAGGAGGAGAUUAGUUUCUCAUCUUUUGUGCCUUGGUGUUUGCGGUCAAGUGUAGAGCGUGUCGAGAUGAGAAACCCAGUUGGUGGAUUCAGAGUAAAGAUGAAACUAAUAAGGUAUUUUUUGGAGAAUUCAAUAGUGCUCAAGAAACUUACUCUGCGUCUAGGUUGUCCUAGGAUGAAACAAGAGUCUUUCAUCUUCAUGGAGCUCCUGAGAUUCCGGAGAUGCUCUAGCGAGGUUGCGUGUUACCUUCUAGCUUCAAACGAGAUCCCUUAUGCUCCCGUUAUAACAUCCAACCAGUCACAUCCAGAUGACUUUGGAUACGGAUCCGACCCGAUUCGCAAUUAUAACCCACGAACCCAUAACCCACCGACAAAUAUAAACCGUUUCACCGUUUCAACAUAA